AGUUGAGCCACUAUUCUUUAUUUUGGUGGCAGCAGUGGGAUCGCUAGGGACACACUGGUAAGCCGACUCUCCGAGUGUUUCAAUGAUUAAGCGGCGCCGCCGUCGAAAUAUGCGUUCCGCGAGACCCGGCCGAAAAAGUGCAGACGCCCGGAAUAAGAUCGCGGAUGGCCGGCCAACUACAUGAUACCAAAAGCGCAACCAUACUUGCGAAAGGCGUUCCGUCUAGAGUGUGAUUUGACUCUCGUACGUGGGACGCGGCUAUAUAAAACGGCUCAACGACCAUUUAGUUCUUAAGGAAGCCAAGUUUCCUCACCGAUUUUUCUUUUGUCGGUACAGGAAGAACGAGAAGAUAUCUGCACGGUUUGUGUUGCGAGCACUGCUAGGUAAGCUGGGGUCAAGUUUGAAAUCAGGGUGUUCCUGGCUCACAUCCGAAAUAUCGCAAAAUCAGCUACUUCCACGCUUUACCAAAGCGACUAGAGUAAACUCUUAUGCCAAGCUAGUUUGAUACAACAUGCCGGAGAAGGCCUAUACUCGCUCCCAGAGGCUCAUCCGGCCGGGAGAAAAUACCAGUUGCUGUUUCUGUUUCGAGGGAAGGCAUAUCAACGCGCAGCGCGUAGGACUGGCAUUGAUGAAGGCCAGGAAAAUCAGAGUAGCAGGCCUUAGAUGCGUUGGCACUGCGAAGCUAGAUGGCCAUACUGCGAAUCCGCCAACGUGUAUGCUACGAAUAAUACCGCCUAUAGUGCAUAGCGCACUAAAUAGGUAGUCUUUAGUGGGCGGCAGCGAUAUGGGUGAUGCAGGAAAACGGAAGAUUUACGGGUUCAUUUUCAUGAAAGGUACAUUGAGUCAUACCACUCCUAGGAAAGCACGGCCAGUCCUAUUAGAAUCAGCCGAGAUCUUACAGUUUUCAACUUGUCAAUAAGACUACGCGAACUAAAAACGGCCUUGAUUUAGAAAUCGAUAUUGUCAAAAAUCGAUCUCGAAUGCAUUAAUGUAAAUUAUUUCAUCGUAUGUUAACGCUAUUUGUUUGUCGUCUUUUAUAGCAGCGUGAGAUCACGAGUAACAGAUGUUGACGACUACAAAAAAGAAAUAGUCGAAUAUACAACAAUUGAGUAGGAUGUGAUACAACAUGUGGGGUACGACAUGUGGGAAUAGGAUGUGAUACAACACGUGGGAAAUUAACCGUCGAACGGCUGACGGCAGGAAUCCGCGUCAUAUCAGCAUAGCUUCAUUGUAUGGACGGCAUUAUUCCUCAGAGCUAAACUGAAAGAAGACGAGUAACAACAAAGUCCUGUUUUUUUAUAUAGUGAUUGCACUCUUUUUUACGACUUUAUGUGAUUUGGGCCAUGCAUAUGGAGAAAUCUAUACAGCAAGAAUAGGACUCGCGUAAACGUUCUUUUUGAGCCCACUGUCCGAAUAUAUUUACCUUUCAACUGCAUUUGAAUUAACAUCAACAUAUGCUUCUAAAUAAUGUUAUUGUAAUAAUGUUAUUCGGAAGUUAAAUGUUGAGCGUAUGCUGAGAGAGGACCGUUGUUAGUCCAACAUCAAAACAUAUGUACCACUAAAUACUGAGUGCGACCGACUCCCGGCUCUGUAUUCAUACCAGAAGAUCUACAACGAUAGGACAUGUCAAGUAUCCUUUUCGUUAGUGGAACGCGACGAUCGUAUGUUAUGGUCAAUGAAAUGGUGAACCUUGUAUUAAUACCAGUCGGCUAUAUGAAACUGUAGAAUGUAUCAGGCGGGAAGCCUGUCGCGGUAUAUGCUGUCUCAGGGCGUGCGAAUGAUUUCGAGCCUUCAUUGUCCCGGUAGCUACUGUGGAAGAAUUCGAUUAGGCGACUCUGGAAACUUCAGCGCGUGCGGGGCGUGUCCACGGGGAUUUCGUGUCGAAGUUUCUGUUUGCGAAGAGUGUUCAUCGAGUCCAAACGUGUAUGACUGGCUGUAUCUUGGAUUUGUCGUUCUAUUGGGCCUCGAUGUACAAUGGUGGAUCAUCGAUCGGUCUAGAAGAAUUUUGGGUCAUCGCGCUUUCACUCUACAACUUUGCUCACUGCUGGAAAAUGUUUUGAGUGCGUUGCUGUCUCUGACGUCAUUCGCGCCUUGGGGUUCCCUUCAGCUGGUAACGUGUAAAGUAGAUAAGUUGUCGGAUUGGUACACGUUGCUGCACAACCCCUCGCCCUACUAUAAGCAGACACUGCACUGUUCUCAGGAAGCCGUCUAUCCACUAUACUCUAUUGUCUUCGUCUAUCUGGGAUACAGCCUAGUGUUGAUGAUUUUGUUACGUGGGCUACUUAUUCAACGUCUACAAUGGAGUAAAGAGGAAGCCAGGAAAACUGUCCACUUAACUCUUUACGCCAUUCCGCUAAUGGCGCUCUGUCACGCCGUGCUCGCCGGCCUACUUUACUAUUCGUUCCCGUACCUUGUCAUGAUCGUCUCGGUGGUAUCGAUUGCGUCCCACCUUGCCGGACGUCAACACCAGUCGGUUACUGCUCUCCGGCAGCAGUCUCUAGAGCCACGAAACUUACUAAUCAUUUUAUCGCAUUGGCUUGUGCAUGCGUAUGGCCUAGUUGCUGCAACCGUCCAAGAGCACAAGCUGGACGCGUUCUGGACGCUGCUUCUUGCACCACUGCCGACAUUGUUCUAUAUAUUCACAGCUCGUUUCACGGAUCCGGAAAGACUAAAUAUGUACUAAAUAAGCUGGGUUAGCUGUUGUGGGUAGGCGGCGAAGAUUCGUGAGAAAGAGGAUAUGUAACAAGGCUUCUUACGAGGACCGCGCGAGAGGUUGGAAGGAACAGGGCAGCGGUCCAACAACCAACUGAUCGGAGAUUAACUCUUAUUAAAAGUUAUUGUGUUACGGUUAUACAUCUUUUGAAAAACUGUGUACAAAACUCUUAGCGAGUUUUGUCGUAAUUGACGCGAAAACACAGAGGAAUAUGAGAUUAAUAAUAUCUAAUGAAGGGCCAUAGGUUAUGAAUUAUACCGUGUGGUUUUAGCACUACUAGUAGUAAAGUCAAUGUAAUCUCC